AAUUGCUGUCUGAAAUUUGUAAAGAUAAAGACCAUUUUAUUUGCAUCUUCCAAUUUUCAACAAUGGUAGAGAAAUUUCUUAGUAGACUAAAUUGAUUCACUGAAAAACAUUUAAGUCAUCAAUUUGGUUUUAGAACUAAUCAAUUCACCUUAUUGGUUGUAAUAUUUCUUUAGCUUUGAAUAAAUUUUACUGUAGGAGUAUUUACUACAGAAACUAGAGAUGUGGAGGUAAAGCACAGCUGUAAACCAGUCAUUUGGAAGAUCAGUACCAAUAUGUUAAAAGAAACAAAAUAAUAUUUAAGCAAAGAUGCACUAAAUAGAUUGUGGAGGCUCAAUCCCGGGUCCUGAUUUAUUCAUAUAGUAAUGAGCUCUAAAGUUUUGGAACAGUUUUUAUAUUUGCAGAUGACAAAUUUAAACUAAACUGGAAGCCAUAUAUUAAAAACAUUUAAAACAUUUUCUGUCACAAAAUGAACAUUUUAAACCAAAUCUAUUCUUGUACUGUUGUACGGACCUUCAUCGUUCCACACAUUACUUUGGAGAUUUGAGUAAAGUCACUGUAAAUAUAUAAAAAAUAACUUAAGAAAUCUGGAGAGUUCCUGUGCUUUCGUGCAGUUUUUAUGUUUCGCGCUGAAUUCCGCCAGAGGGCGCUGUGGUGCUAUAUUUCAAACACAUGGCACUUCAUGGACUCUUAAGGGGUUUGCACUGGAAAUGGAAUAUGACCACUAACACAUCAACCAAGAAAUAUACAGUAAGAAAAGGUGAUCCGCAGCAGUGAUAUAAUAAAUUCGACAUCGUGGAAGUCAUGUAGUUGGUAAUGGAUGGAUGUAGAAACAGCCUCAAGGAUUCAAAUUUGUAGUAAAAGGUAGAUUUUCUCCUGCAAACUUUAAAAAGGCAAGCAAUCUCAGGGGAGUGAAGAUGGAGGUCUCGCUGUGUAGUAUGAAGGGGAGUCUUAAUGACCGCGCUUCCAUGGUCUCGGGGGGUUUUACUCUACUCAGGGGGGCGGUGCACUUCUCCAGACCCCUCCCGCCCCCAAAAGCAGCUCCACAAACAGUGACCGGCAGGCAGGCUGCUAGUCAGGCGCUUCUUCCACAUCCAGCAGCCACAGCUGCAUCCCAUGCCCGCAGCCUCUCCGGGAUAGAGCGCCAUCGAUCAAGCAGCGUCCGUGCGUCCAUCAGGCUGGAGGUCCGCAGCGGUCGGCCGAACAUGCUGGAAAACGGGAGGAAGGUGUACAAGGAGGGUCUGCUGGAGAAGCGGAGCGACGGGCUGCUGCAGCUUUGGAAGAAGAAGCACUGCGUCCUGACCGAGGACGGCGUGCUGCUGCUGCCGCCCAAGCAGCACGAUCACCCGCAGCAGCAGCAGCAGCACGGCGGCGGGGACACGGGCAAAGUCAAGGAGCUUCACUUCGCCAACAUGAAGACAGUGGACUGCGUGGAGCGGAAAGGCAAGUACGUCUACUUCACCGUUGUCAUGACGGAGGGGAAGGAGAUCGACUUCAGGUGCCCGCAGGACGAGGGCUGGAACGCGGAGAUCACCUUGCAGAUGGUCCAGUACAAGAACCGGCAGGCGAUCCUGGCCGUCAAGUCCACCCGGCAGAAGCAGCAGCUGCUCGUCGUGCAGAUGCCCGGGCAGAAGACCGUCCGGAGCUCCCCGAGCGUGGCGUGACCCGCGGGGAGCCCCGCUCACACCGGCGCGCCUUCAGCGGUGAAUCUGACACUCAGCCGAGGAAGACAAUGAACCCGGGCUUCAUCUCCCCCUGCUGCUGCUUCACCAAGCUCCAUUCUCCAGGAGAACUGAACACCCCAAAUCAUGAUGUGGUCUCCACACACCAGCCCUCCCCGGCCCCCCACUCCUCUUUUCAGUACAGAGACUUGCUUCACAAAAGACUGAUGGACUAAAAGCAUGUGAGAAAACAUCUGUAUUCUACCGUGUAAUGGGUUAUUUAUUAGAUGUGUAUAUAUAUUUUUUUAUAUAUGUACAUAUAUAUAUAUAUAAAAAAAAAAAAGUUGUCUGAAUGUAAAGUGUGAGAGUCACUGGAGGUAAGCAUUCGGUCGACUUGGACUAUCUAACAAACUGGAACCUCGAGGGAACGUUUGGUGACGUUCCCUAAAGGUUACGAAGCCUGAAACUUUCAAGAGACGAUGAUGAGGGAAGGCUGGCCCGGUGACACGCCAGUCCUUCCUGUAGCUUUUAGGGAACGUUCUCUCAACGUUUCCUAGGGUGGACGCUGUAUGUUAGCUGAACCAGCUCGUUAUGGAUAAGACGUGUCAAUGCUUCUGGUUUAAUUUUCUAACAGAGCCAAAGACUCAUUUGAUACAUUUCUCUUGUUGCGCAGUGUUUCCUCUCACUUCACUAAACAUGUACAGAUCAAGAAACUGAUCGCGCUCUGUGGACUAACGGUUGGGUUUAUAUGCUUGAUUUCAACGGUGUAUUUUAGUGUUUCCAUUGUGUGCUUCGAUUGCUUUCUGCAACUUUAUUUUGCCACAUUUGUAAAUUGAAGGGAAAGCUGUUGCUAUGUUCUUAAGCGAUGGGUGUACUCUGGCUUUUUAACCAUGGACAAUAGGGUUAAGGUGACUUUUUCAAAAACUGAGCUGCUUCAGAGACCGUUUCAAUGCUUGGAUUAAAUCUUAGUGGAAACAUAACAUCACACUGAACUUAGUUAGACCUCGACUGAUCAGAGCCACACCAGAAUCGUCACAAUCAACAAAAUGGUUGUCAUGAGGCUUGUUGUGCCUCUGAUUACAAGAUUUAGCCAAAGCUCUUUCUCUUGGCUACAGAAACCAGGAAUUUAUUGAAAUAAGUUAGCAUCCGAGCGAUUUGCUUUGUUAGCUUGCGAUGCGUUCGGUUUGUAUGCUGAAGUUGGAAUUUUGACUUGGUAAAUCAAAGCUUUCCAAUUAGCUCAGGUCCAACUGUUCGUUGCACUUCCGAAAUGUUGUCUUGUUCUUGGCUAUCUCAUAAUAGUUAUAUAAAAAAAAUGGAUUGUUCAAAUACAAGAGUGUGAACAGGUACGAAACGGAAGAGUAAAACAAAAUAGUGGCGUGUGAAUUCACAAUAGGGUAAGAAUUGGCAAUUGAGCAAAGUUUGCUAUUUGUACAACUGUCAGUUUUUGUUUUUCUUUGUGGCAGAACGUAGCUGUGCAGCCAGCUAAUUUAACUUCCUGGCUGUUUGAUUUGUUAGCUUACCAAUAGCUGUCCUAAAAAAGUGUGACAAUCUGUAUUGUCAAACAAGCUGUUUUUGACAGUGUUGCUAUUGGUUAUUUGGCCAAAUACUACACUAAAAGCUAUUAGCUUGGAUUGCAAUUAAUGCCUGGCAAUACUAUUAGCCUUAACAACGAACACAGCACUGGGCAAAUCUCACUUGGUUUUGAACACAAAACUGGAAUGGAUCUGUGGAAUCAUUUUAAAAUAAAGCAAAAAUGCUGCCUAGCCAGCCAAUGUUUAGCUUGCCAACUAUUUGGUGUUAAUUCCUUAAAUCGGUGCGCUAACUCUGGUUGAUAGCACUCCUGGUGUGACAGGAUCCUAAAUAACACCAUCAUAAUACAAGAUGACAAAGUCAUUCUAUAAUAUUGCUUUUUGAUGGUCACAACAGGAAAAAGUUUUCCUGAUCUCUAUAAUUUAGCCUCUUUACACCGUCUCUGUUUCAAGUUGUCUCCUGCUGAUUUGUAGCAAUUUACCGAAGAGGGACAGCUAAUCCUUAUCCAAUACUUAUAAUUAGAUCCAGAUGGCUUUUGUAUGACUCGAAUAACAGAACAGCAACCAUCUAAUAAGAAUUUUACAUUUUAGUAAUUGGAAAAAGAAGGACACAACUAUCCAAAUUAGUCUCUGUUACAGCUCAGUUUUUUUGUAAUGUUUGGAAAGAAAAUCACUUCUGUGCUUAACAGAUUGAAGGCAUGGGAGAGUUUUUAUGAGGAAGUAAACAUAUUAAUACAUAUAAAGGUGGCGGUGCAGAGCAACAGUCAGUGCCACAUGUCAAUCAGAGACUUCAGAAAUGUCUUGUGUUUCUACCAGGACGUAUUUUAUCUCACUGUGGCUCAUGAUGUUUCCUGUUUCCUGGGCGGGUCUCCCACCGCUCACCAGCGUACCGCAGUUAAUCCAGCACAUGCCUCUGUGUUGCUGUCAUCUUCCACACAGGGCCGGAGCCGUGCCCUUUAUCUGACGCGGCCGGCGCGAUGCUUCCCCGACAUGCCUUCCCGUUUUCAUCAUUCCGCACUGUUAGGAACCACUGUCCAAUUUCUUAUUUCCACGGAGAUUUAUUUUCAUACCUCGAAAAGAUACAUUCCAUUAAAAAAACAAACAAAACUAAAAAAAAAAGAACUAAACCAGGCCAGCGUCU